UUUGCACAACAACACACCUACAUACAAAAUUACUCGCCGCUCUGAGUCGCGAAGAUGAAGCUCGUAAGGUUCUUGAUGAAGUGCGCCAACGAGACGGUGACAAUCGAGCUCAAGAAUGGCACCAUCGUUCAUGGCACGAUCGCGAGCGUCACGCCCCAGAUGAACACCGCCCUCCGCACCGUCAAGAUGACGCCCAAGGGCGGCAGCCCCGUCUCCCUCGACACCAUGAACAUCCGCGGCUCGACGAUCCGCUACUUCAUCCUCCCCGACUCCCUGCCCCUCGACACACUGCUCGUAGACGACGCGCCCAAGCCCAAGAACAAGGCCCGGAAGGAGACGGACCGGGGACGUGGCCGCGGUAGAGGAGGCGGUAGAGGGCGCGGCCGCGGCCGCGGCCGUGGACGAGGCUAAGGGAACCGGGGGCAGAGGAGGGACGCGAACGGUAGAGCAAUACUUGGCAACCUGUUGCGCAGCUGCGUCGGCAGGUAGGCAGUCCCUUGCGCGCGGGAUGGCGGAUUUCGGACAAAUCGCAUAUAGAGACGGCGCGGUGGUUGUCACGACGAUAUCGCAAGGCGACGGGUUUUUGGCGUUUUUUCGGACGUUUGGUCACUCAAAACUGGAGUCUAUUCUACACCGGAUGCUGGUGCUUUGUUCGGAGGAUCAGGGGGGCCAGGGGCGGACCAAGAAGUGGCUCCUGAAUACAGACGCCGCAUGCCCAGC